GCCGGCGGAGCUCCCUGCGAGGCGGCGGAGGUGCCGCUAGCCCGCCGGGCCGUACGAUGUGCGUGUCUUAUGUUACAGCCAUGCUGCGCAUCGGUGGCCAGAGCGAGGGGCGAGGGGAGGAAAAGCCUGUUUACACAGACGGCAAACCGCCUGGGGAAUAAUGCAGGGGAGGAAGUGAGCCGGCUCGCUGUCUGACUGCUCUGACUUCCUGCUCGCUCCCGCACACGGGCGCACACACACACACACACACACGCACACACACACACGCACUCUCCGGCCGCAAAAAUUAAAAAAAAAAAAAAAAAAAAAAAGAAGAGGGGAAAAAAAAUCAGGAUCUCGUUACAAGAGCAACAGAGCGCCUGCAGAAGAGUGUCAGCAUGGAGAAGCGGGGGAUUUUACCCAGCUCCCUCUAAAGUGCCAGGAGGGAGCGGAAAAGUCCCUCUCAGGCUCUGGGUAUGGAGAGUGCAAUCACACUGUGGCAGUUCCUUUUGCAGUUGCUGCUAGACCAGAAACAUGAGCACCUGAUUUGCUGGACGUCUAAUGAUGGCGAAUUCAAGCUACUCAAGGCAGAAGAAGUGGCUAAGCUGUGGGGACUCAGAAAAAACAAAACUAAUAUGAAUUAUGACAAGCUGAGCCGAGCGCUCAGAUACUAUUAUGACAAGAACAUCAUCAAGAAAGUGAUCGGGCAAAAAUUUGUGUACAAAUUUGUCUCCUUCCCUGAGAUCUUAAAAAUGGAUCCACAUGCUGUAGAAAUCAGCAGAGAGAGCCUUUUGCUGCAGGACAGCGACUGUAAGAUGCCUUCUGAGAGCAGGGAUCAGCACAAGCACAGCUUGUCAGCACUGAAAAGCACAAGCCGAAAUGAAUAUAUCCACUCUGGCCUGUACUCCUCUUUCACUAUCAACUCUCUGCAGAACCAGCCAGACCCUUACAAGCCAAUCAAAACAGAAAAACUGGAGGAGAAGUCAGAAGGAAACACACCAGUGGAAGAAGUUCGGACUGUUAUAAGAUUUGUGACAAACAAAACAGACAAACAAGUUAUGAGGCCCAUGGUGUCGUUGCCUUCCACUUCCGAAACAGCAGCUGCCUCUGCUUUUCUCAGCUCGUCAGUAUCAGCUAAAAUAUCUUCCUUAAUGCUACCCAACAGUGCCAGCAUUUCAUCUCCGUCGUCGUCUUCCUCCAGGUCGCCGUCUCUGUCUCCCACCUCACCCCUCCCUACAGAACACAGGAGCCUCUUCCUUGAGUCCAGUUGCCACGACUCAGAUUCCCUUGAGCCUCUGAACCUCUCCUCAGGCUCCAAGGCAAAAUCUCCAUCUCUUCCCCCAAAGGCUAAAAAACCCAAAGGCUUGGAAAUCUCCGCCCCACCUAUGGUUCUCUCCAGCACUGACAUCGGUUCCAUUGCCCUCAACAGCCCCGCGCUUCCUUCGGGAUCCCUGACUCCAGCUUUCUUCACUGCACAGACCCCGAAUGGAUUAUUGCUGACCCCAAGCCCGCUGCUGUCUAGCAUCCAUUUCUGGAGCAGCCUCAGUCCUGUCGCUCCUCUGAGUCCUGCCAGGCUGCAGGGACCAAACACUCUGUUCCAGUUUCCAACUCUGCUAAAUGGUCACAUACCAGUGCCGCUCCCCAGUCUGGACGGAGCCUCUUCUCCAGUACUGCUUUCUCCAAACGCUCAGAAAUCCUGAUGACGCCUCAUCGCGCCAAGGACUUAUUGGUGGAUUUAACACUUCAUUCCUAUGGUCUAGUUUUUCCUGUGUCAUGAGAAGGACAUUGUGAAACCCUCUAUUACUUUGGUUUGCACUUUUCAUUACAUGGAUAAUCUACUUUUAUUAUGUUAGCAUUUUUAAACAGUGUUUAUAUAUAAAAGUAUACAUAAAUCUGUUUUGCAUUAAAUGAAUUAUAAUUUUUUUAUAUCAUAGCUCUCAAGUGUUGAACACUUCUGUUGUUGAUGAAGUACUUUUCUUGAUGGAUUGCAACAAUGUAUCUAAUAAGGAUGUGAAGCUUCUUUUUAAUCCCUUUUUCUGCAUAUUAUGCACUGUGCUUGUGUAAACUAUAACCGGCUGUGCCUUCUUUUGCAUAAUGUCAUGUAAAUGAUUUAUAUAUUUUCUAGUAUUAAGAUAAAAAGUUGAAAGACAAAACUAGUAUUGGACAGCCCUAUGGUAGUAGUUCAGUAUUUUCUCCACGGAUAGGCCAUAUGAUGCAGUGUAUUCAUGUAACUUUGUAUUAAGUGCUUUCCAAUUGUAUAAAAAUAGCCUUAUAAUGUUUCUUUGCUGAAGUGAAAAACGUAAUCAACGUUAUGGUCAGGAGCUGCAUUUAGGGAGUAACAAAACCACGCGUGCCCAAGUUCUUCUGUGGAGUGGCGAGAGGGAGGAACUGGGCUGUGUGUGUCCAUGAGACACUUCCAGCAUUUGAGAGUACUUCUGUAGAAAAGGAGAAGACGUUGCUGAGAAUUUAUUUGGCCUAUAUACUUCUUACAGACUGUCAACAUUACAGCUGGAAAGACUGCCACUAUCUCUGUCCUCCCCGGGAAUGAGGGUCAUUCCCGAUAGAGAAGUUCCAGGUGCUUUGUUCAGUCGUGCCAAGUGCCUUCUGCUCUUUCCCCACAAAGCUUGUUCUAGCUACUAAAGCUCAGAAGGUCGUGUUUCCCCUUCCCCCCCACCUCCCAAAGCUGGAAGAGUUACAGGAGUGUAAAUUAAUGCCUGGUGCUUGUAAAGAGGCAUACUGUACGGGCGGGAUGUUUAUGUAUAAACAUCUGAAUUCUGGAUUAAAAACCAGCACUGUGUUACUAUAUACUUGCAACUUGAACUCACUGGGUAUGUCCUCUACCUUGAGGUGAUGCCUUAGUCAUCUUAAAUGUCAGGUUAGGAUUAGGCCAGACUCGCUGGCACCACAGAUUCUAAUCUUGGCAGGGUUGAUGCAAAUCUUCAGUUGUCUGAGGUGGCUAAAUUGGGUUGAACGCAGCUUUACCAUGUAGGUUUUUCAGAUGAGACUUUCAAAAACCAAACCAAAAUCAGAAUCCUGUUUGCUGCAGGUCAUCAGAGCUUCUACUUUGCUUUCUGGCCAAGCGGCUGGUCAAAGUCCGUUCUUUUUGAAACUUCUGCGGUGAGUCGUCUGUUGAUGUUCUGUUUGGAUGCAUUUCAGUGAUGUGUGUGUAGUUAAUUGUAAAGUGCUUUUGGAUCCUUCAACCUGAAAGGUGCUAAAUAAACAUUUUAUUAAUGCA